CUGAGGAAAACAGAUCAGACGACGCGCGAAGUACAUUUGUUAUGACACUUUCUGACAGUCGAAGUCGUAUAACGUAAUUUACCGGUAAAUAUUUGUAUUGAAUCUUAAAUUCUCCGUAUUGUAAACAUAACCUUCUCAGAGGACAUUCGAAGUGACCUUGGAAACAGUGUUGCGGAGAGAUAACCGAUGCUUGCGAGUUAAUAACUUGACAUACUCAUGACGAGAUUAGGAUUGUUCUUGUGUCUCGCAUCGUCAACAACGAAGAGAAGUUUUGCCACACUAAGUACAAUGGAACGGAAAAUAAUAGCUGUCUGUCAGCUUACAGCCACGAAUGACAAAGAUAAAAACUUCGAAACCUGUAAAUCUUUAAUCGAAACUGCAAAAGAAAGUCGUGCACAGAUGGUCUUUCUUCCUGAAGCAUGUGAUUUCAUUGGAGAAAGUAAGGAUGAGACAUUUGCAUUGUCAGAGCCUUUUCCAGGCCCAUUGAUGCAGAAGUAUUGUCAGUUGGCCAAAAACAAUAAUGUGUGGCUCUCUCUGGGAGGUUUGCAUGAGAAGGUGUCACCCACUAAAGUAAGAAAUUCACAUGUUGUGAUAGACAGCUCCGGAAAUGUGGCAGCAAUCUAUAGAAAAACUCAUUUAUUUGAUGUUGAAAUUCCAGACAAGGGAGUGAGGUUAAAAGAAUCAGAUUAUGUUGAAAGAGGGAAAGAGAUAAUAGCUCCAGUUGAGACACCCAUUGGAAGAGUUGGUCUCGCUAUUUGCUAUGAUAUGAGGUUUCCAGAGUUGAGUCUGGUGUUAGCACGACAUGGUGCACAGAUUCUCACCUACCCUUCUGCAUUCACAUUUGAGACUGGAUCUGCUCACUGGGAGACACUCCUACGAGCCCGAGCCAUAGAAAGCCAGUGUUAUGUUGUAGCUGCUGCCCAGACUGGCAGGCAUAACAAGAAGCGGACGUCUUGGGGGCAUGCUAUGGUUGUGGACCCAUGGGGUGUUGUUAUAGCUCAGUGCUAUGAGGGCACUAACAUGGCACUUGCAGAAAUAAACCUGAAGUAUGUGGACAAAGUCAGAACAUCAAUGCCUGUAUGGCAACAUCGAAGACUAGAUUUGUACCCUGAACUUGUGCCACUGAAAAAUGAGGGUGACAUAGCUAAUGAAAAUACUGUUUACCAGUUUGGUCAAACAUCAGUUAGUGCAGAUGCUGUUUUUUACAGAACACCCUACACAAUUGCAUUUACAAACAAGAAGUGUGUUUUGCCUGGUCAUGUUCUUGUAGCACCUAUAAGACCAGCAAAGCGAAUACAAGACCUAACUAAACAUGAAAUAUCAGAUUUAUUCAGUGCUGUGCAAAAAGUGCAGAAAUCUGUGGAAAAUGAGUACAAAGCAAACUCGUCCACAAUUACAGUUCAAGAUGGAGUUGAUUCUGGGCAGCAUGUGUUUCAUGUGCAUGUUCAUGUAAUUCCAAGAAGGCCUGGGGAUUUUAAGGAAAAUGAUGAAAUAUAUCGUGAGCUGGAAAAGCAUGACAAAGAAGAAACUGGAUGGAGAAGUGAAUCCGAAAUGGCAAAUGAAGCCGCAGCUUUGAGGAGACAUUUUUCACGUUCCUAGUUAGUUCGUUUUGACUGUGUAUAUGUCUAGAUGGUCACUGCUGUUUUAAUAACCUGUUGUGUAUAUUAAUGUAUCUUAAAUGAGAGAAAUAGUAAAAUAAUCUUUACUGAUUCUGUAUGUCAUAAAA